GGAGGAGUAGAGGGAACAUCUGGAGGAGUAGAGGGGAACAUCUGGAGGAGUAGAGGGGAACAUCUGGAGGAGUAGAGGGAACAUCUGGAGGAGUAGAGGGGAACAUCUGGAGGAGUAGAGGGAACAUCUGGAGGAGCAGAGGGGAACAUCUGGAGGAGUAGUCGCUUUUCUCCAGUGUGUUGCUGUAGUCAUGUGAUGUGUUUGUCAUGACGUCAUGUUCCCUCCUCCCUGUUCUUCUUGUCGUCGAGCAGCAGCUCCUCGUCUGGAGCGUGGAUCAUCUCCAGCAGUCUUAUGAUCUUGAACGGUUCCUUUCUUCCUGACUCGUGAGUCGGCAUUAUCUUGGACAGAAGUCGCCUGUCGUCAUGUUGUGUUUACGAUGCGCUUCUCACUCACUGUGUUUCCCACCGGUAGUCGUCGCCUUUUCCGAUUCAUCGUUUUGAAUCGGCGCGGCGUCCGCAUGCGCUUUUGAAGCGUUCCCUUUAAGAGGAACGCGCCAUCGUCACGUGACCAGGAAGCGUCGUUCGCCUCCUCCGCGUGGUUCUGUUUCCGCGCCGUGACGGUGCACUCGACAACAAAACAGGCGACAACUCGGUCCUCAGGUGGUUCCGGUCUCGCGUGGCCGAAUGGGCUUCGCUUCCACUGGUUUCUGCGUCAAACCGCCGACGUCAUCGCCAGUGAUUUGAAGCCGUCCAGCAGUGACUGGUUUGACUCCUUUCCCCAGAGAAGAUGAAGCAGAACCGCGUCAGCCUCCACAUCCCGAGCUGCUUCCUCUCACAGCACCAAGGCUUCCGCGGCACCAUCAAGGAGCGCGUCAGGGACUUCGUGGUGACAGAAAUGGACUCGCACGGGGCUCCGGUGACCGCAGAUGCGGCGGCUUCACGGUGUGACUCCGGUGCACCCGGUCGCGGUGAAGAAGCCGGGGACGCGCCGCAGUCUGCUGACUGGAGGUCGGACCCGGCGCCCAGCAGCUUGGAUCUCAGCCUGGUUCUGGGUCAGUCUGUCAGUGAGCAGCUGGAGCAGUUCGUGGUGAACCUCCGGGAUGAGGAGCUGGACCAGAAAGAGCUUUCUCUGGGCUCCUUCUCCGACAAGUACCAGCGAGCCAACGUGCACAGAGCCGUCCGACACCGCUUCCCCUUCCUCAUGACUGUCACCGCUCAGCCCGAGAUCCGGGUCAGGGAGGACCCGGACUACAAGGCGCUGUCUCAGCUGGUCAGCGAGGCGGAAGCCGAGGACUUCUUCAGGUUCAUCGACGCCAAGGUUCAGGACUCUUCUUACUCUUUCCACCCCGACGCCAGCAAGGAGCACCGCACUGCCGUGCACCACUUCCUCCACCGGCGCUUCGGGAAACUGGUGGAGACCAAGAGCCUGGGCGAGCAGGACCAAACCUUCAUCUGCGCCAGACUGCGCCAGCGAGGAGGAGCCCGGAAGCGGAGCCUGGACGAGCGCAGGGACCAGGACGAGCGCAGGGACCAGGAGGUCUACACAGGUGAGUGCGAGUCUCAGAGAAGGUGGAGAAGCUCUGCGGCUCCUGCUCUGCUGCUUGCAGCCUUCACGCUGGAGAAGCAGAACCUGGAGACGCUGGAGGCCGUCAGCCACAUGGCGGCCGCGCUGGGCGUUCUGCCCUCGGACUUCACCUACGCCGGCAUCAAAGACAAGCGAGCCGUCACCUUCCAGUCCAUGGUGGUGAAGAAGGUGUCCCCGCAGCGGCUGGAGGAGAAGCGAGGAGAGCUGGAGAGGCGAGGACUCGUCCUGUCGCACGUCCGCGCCGUCAGCCAGCCGCUGAGACUCGGCCGGCUCAGAGGAAACCGCUUCCACUUGGUGGUCCGGAACCUGAGGCCGCACGGGGGCCGGGCCGCCGGAAGGCUGGCCAGCCUGGCGCCACUGGUGGAGGAAGCUGUGGAGAAUGUCAAGGUCCCACUUUCCUUUGGUCCCGCUGGAGCGGUGGGACGCCUCAUCUCUUCUGUCCUCCUGCAGACCCAAGGGUUCGUCAACUACUACGGUCCGCAGAGGUUCGGAAGCGCUCGGAGCGUCCAGUCCGACCGGGUGGGUCUGGCCCUGCUGCACGACGACAUGGUGGGCGCCCUGCGGCUUUUCUUCACUCCAGAGGAGGGCGCCGACCCGGCCGGCGAGGCCAAGAGACACUUCCUUCUGACAGGUGACGCCAAAGAGACGCUGGCGCUGAUGCCUCUGUCCAAGGUGCGAGAGCGGCUGAUGCUGAGGGCCCUCAACCGCUACGGCUCCGGCCCCGAGGGCUGCACCCAGGCCUGGCUGAGCCUCCCUCACAGCUCCCGGCUCUUCUACCCUCACGCCUACUGCAGCAGAGUUUGGAACGAAGCGGCGUCGCAGCGCCUCUUCUGUUUGGGCCCCAGGGCACGAGAGGGAGACCUGGUGUGGACUCGGCGUGGGGCAAGUGGAGCGGAGGGAUCCGGGCCUGCCGAGGUCCACGUGGUGACUCGUCAGGAGGAAGAGGACGGCGUGUACACGCUCGGACAUGUGAGGCCUCGGAGCUGCACGUGCUGCCCGAGCUCACGCCCUGAUGCUCCACCUUUGUUCCAGGUUCUCCUCCCCAUGGCUGGAAACACGGUCAAGUACCCCACCAACAUCAUGGCCGCCUGGUACCGGGAGAGACUGGCCAGGGACGGACUGGAGAAGUGUCCCUUCCGCAUCGCUGGCCUCAAACUGAAUCUCCCUGGCUGCUAUCGCCCCCUGCUGGCCAACAUGAGCAAUCUGAGCUACAGCCUGCAGAGCGCUGCGGAGGGGGAGGGGCAGCCGAGCGCCGAGGCUAGCGGGCCCACUCUGGUGCUGAACUUUGACCUGGACUCCUCCUGCUAUGCCACAGUUGGCCUGCGCGAGAUCAUGAAGUGCGACCUCUAGGCGCGUGACUUUCCUUGCCUUUUUUUUUUUUUUUUUUUUUUUACAGUAAAGCUUUUGUGUCGAGGCUUGUGUCACCAGUGGGUGGAUGGUCGAUUGUGCCAUGAAAGAGCCGCGCGUGUUUCGGCUCCGGUGACUCGCCCCAGGUGCCACAGGACGCUGGAGACCCUGCUUGGUCUGGUGACAGGUGCGGUGCAGGGGUCUCACGGCUGCAGCUCCAAGUCAGUCAAAGCCCACAGGUGACGCUCGGGCGCCGUCUCAGACAGGUGAGACGCCUGACUGCUUUGGACGGGAAACUCCAGCCGGCCUCCGUGUUCAGCUCCGGUGAGGGACGCACAUUCAUCUGCCUCCCGCUUCCACUCACCACCUCGGCCCUGACCGUGCACGCCGGGUUCUAGUCUGGCUCAGGUUAGUCAUGUGUUUAGGGGGUGAGGCUGGGGAAAGGGUGGAAACUACCCACUUCUGUCUUCUCUCUCUCUGUCACCGGCUGAUCCUCACUUGUGGGGACCAACUGUCGACUAAAACACUUCCUUCCUCAAUUUGAGGGUGAAGAGGUCAAAAUAAUUGGGUCAUUCUGACUCUUCGGUUCAGAGGCUGGGGAAAGGGACGAUGUCCUGACAAGGAUACAAAUACAAAUGUGUGUGUGUGUGUGAGAGAGGGAGGGAGAGAGAGAGAGAGAGGAGGGAGAGAGAGAGAGGGAGAGAGACAGAGGAGGGAGAGAGAGAGAGAGGGAGAGAGAGAGGGAGAGAGAGAGACAGCGACAGACUCAUCCCACACGCCUUUGGUCUGAAUGCUGCGUGUGCCAUUGUUUUCCAGGGUUCUGGUUGUUCGGGUACAGCUCUCCACAAAAAGUCAGAGGUCGACUCAGACCCUGACGUCUAAGUGUGAAGCUCCAGCAGGAGAGAAGUGGGGCCCCAGCAGUGGGCUGUCUUUCACUGGAUGGAGGCUCAGACGUGGAGCCUGCUGCUGCUGCUGCAGGGCUCCAGAGAGGAGCAGAAGACAGAGUUGGUCCUCUCCAGCUGCCAGAGGAAGAGGGAGGUGCUGGGACGCGGUGUAGCCACAGUCCUGCCCCGAACCGUGCAGACGCUUCCUCCUGUGGCAGUGCGGCGGAGAGCUGGCCCGGCUCUCUGCCGGCACCCCUGUGCCACCUGCCCGGAACCGUCUGACCCCACCCACUGGUGUGGCCGAACCGCCUCACAUGGCGUGUCACUUUGGUGCUGGCCAGCUCAUCUUUGCAGAGGAGUGACAGAGGCAGAGGGCCAUCACUGGUACCAUGUGUGCCACGGCGCUACAUCAUGACAAAUGGCCCACCCUUCUGCUGCAGCGGCUUCCAGUCACUGCGAGACAAUGGACGAGCGCCGGGGGCUUCGAUUCAUCCCUUCAUUGCGGGUCUUUGAAGCCCACAACAGACAAAGCUGUGGAGAAAGCCAUGGCCACAAGCGGAGGCUGAAGUGCAGGUGAUGGUUCCCUCAUCACAGUCCAGGCCGCCCCAGACAGUGGAGCUGAACGAAGAGAAUGGAUUGAGGGUGGAUAUCCUGAAGCAUCCCAUGAGUGACAGGCCACAGCGAACACUGCGGAGGUGCUUGGUCCGACAGCACUCUUCUCAUGGGUCCUCAGUGCAGUGUGGAGGAGCAGGGUCGGCCCCCCAGGGGUCCGAUCACAGUCCUCUCUCAACAGAGCAGCUGGAGGAGGAGGUCUGGACUGCACCAGAGGCUUCCUCCCGGGAGACCGUCGAGCAGGGGUUCCAUGUUGCGGUUCAUGCUGUGGUUUGCCACUUCCGCAGAAUCAGAAUGCACUUCUUCGUCGACCAUUACGCACAGCAGAAGACACAUUUAUUGAUUCAUCGUGAAAAACGGCAGCGGGCGACCCAGCAUUGGCCCCGCACUCAGAGUCUGGUCACGUUUGGACGGCCACUUCCAGGAGAGAGAAAAAAGCUCAUGGAUGGUCAACUGCCAAAAGUCGUACGAUCGAGCAAAGAAACGGCUCAGCUGCUCGACCGAACUAGCGCCACCCACAGUUCAACAUGAGAUUUGCACAUCACACUGGCCUUCCCUCGGAACACUUGAGGAGCAGAAAACCUUUGCUUUUGUCAGAAAUCCCACACUGGAAGAGGUGAGCGCUUUGGCCUCAGUGGCCGGCGGUGAACGCGUCACAGAGCGGCCCCUCCGAGGGCCACGGCGCUCUGUCCAGCUCAGCGAUGAAACGCUUGAGGUCGUUCAGGCAGCGCUCGCGGAUUUCUCCCAGGCUCUCCCUCAGCGGGACCUGCAGCUGCGUCUCCAGGUUUGGGUCUUUGACCACCAACAUGUUCACCACCAUCCCGAACACCUCGCAGUCCUUUUGGAAGAUCUGGAAGGGGAACGUCCAAAGGUAAAGCCCACUUCUGAAGAGAGGCUGCUUCCACCCAAGUCAUGGAACAGUUUCUAGUGUGAUUUGUGUCGCGUGCUUUCUCUCAGCUCUUCACACCCUUCCUCCUGCAGUCAGAUGUUUAACAGGGCUGCAAGUCAGAGAAGGCCAGGAAGCCCACACAGCUCCUGACUUCUCUCCCUGUGGGGACCCUCCGGACACCACUUGCCACGGCAUGGCGCCGCGACAUGCUGGACUGCUUGUAAACUCUCAGUGCUUGAAGCUUGAGCCUACCUCUUCGAUUUCUUUGGCCUUGGCGGCUAUCACCGCAGCUCUCUGGCAGUCAAACGCCUCCGCUGGCUUCUGACUCUCCUCUGCGUUGGCAGACGUCUGCUCUUCUUUCUCCGGCGUGGGCUGGUUCUCUUCCUGAAAACACAGCACAGGUUGGAGAGAGGCUCGGCCCCGGCUGGUUCCCUUCAAAAGCAUGACCAGUGUCGAGCAGCUUUCUUUCCCACGUCAGAGUCCAGCGACAUGAGCAGGAUCCAGGGAGAGCAACGACAGAUAUCUGCUUUAGUUGACACACACACACACAGGCCUCUCAUCACGUUGUGACAUGGGACUGACUGGCUCCAGUGCUGACGCCUCCUCAGCCACGUUUCUGCUAUCUCCUCUGCGUCUUGGAGAGCUUGCUAUCGCGACCUGUUGUCUGCCAAACGCGGAUGGUCGCCCCUUGUCCCUCGUUUGUUCAACUGGCUUCACCUGGUUCUGGUGAGGCUCUUCAUCUUCUGGAGAGAAGAUCAGGCUUCCUUGCACCCAGCUGUUGUCGACGUUUCUCCUCUGAUCCUGGAGCUCAUCUUCAGCUGGAUCCACCUGCAGUGACCUGACAGAGGCUUCUGGCUCUGGCUCUUCAGUCGGUGCGGCGGAUGCCUUGUCUCGCGCACAGACGCCGCAUCAGCUUUAUCACAGUCAACAUUUCUCUUUGGAAUCUGGGUUUGCAUUGGUCCUCAGAUGUCACAGACGACAGCGGUUCCACAGCAAUUUUCCAAUGGUGCCGCGUGACCAGCAGAAGGAACCGGUAACACUGAGGGGGAGAGUCACCUCACGCCACAUGCAACUCACCUUGACUGAGACGGAGCUGAGAGGAGAAGACUCUCUGGAAAGUCCUGGGAUUUUAUCUGUCCAACACACAGGGCCGGGUUUAGAUGACGUCACAGCAGGGAAACCAGUGCAGCAGGGUUGAUAUAUCGCCAUCAUUCUGAGGAC